UUUCAGUCUUGAACUGUACUGUUUCUAUGACCCGUGCAUUCACACAAGUUCGGUACAUUCUGUGAUUGUCAUUGAGUGAGAACGCAUCUUCUUUAAAAAAUCCACAAAAUGGUAUCGCCAAUUUCGGUUGCUGUGUUGUGUGUCCUGACAAUCGGGUGCUUGGCCCAGGACCCAGAGCCCUGUUGUAUUCCAACACAAUGGCAAGCAGACCUCUCUCAGGCCCGAGCUGUGCUAGGAGGUGCACCUGUUCCUCUCCUAGUCACCCUUAGUAACAGAGCAUAUGUGGACAUCCCGAAUCAACGAGCUGCCAUUAGUGUUGAACAACGACUUGAUGACGUAGUCCAGAGAUUCCGCAUCAUACAGGACUAUUCAGCCAACAUCCAGUAUGUAAUCACUGAACCAAGUAAUGGAAAUCCCCUUGUAUGUGAAAGAGAAGAAACAGUUCUUGGAACCAUCGAUCCUUGUGCACUUCGGGCUGUUAACGCCACAUUUAUGCGAAGCAUGGUACUAGGACUCAAUUUAGAGAGUAAUAUGUGGAGGUUUGAAUUGGUAACUCCAGUAAUACAGAUGACUGCUUACACGACUGUUGCCACUGCCAGCUGUAUACCCGUUCACUUGCUCUAUGCCGGGGCACUGAUCCCUACUGGUACUCCGAUAAUGAGUAGUAUCACCUACUCCGACUAUGUGCUAGGGCCAGUUGAUGAUGGCAUAUUUGCUCUGCCCCCUGAAUGCCAGGCCAUGUCACACAGUGACAAUGUAAGGCCUGUUAUACCUGACUGGGUUCAGCCAUGGUUCCAACAUCUCUCUACUCGGUAUAUGUAAUAACUAUUGAAAAGGACAUGGACUUGAAUGAUCAAAUUGAAUAUUGACAAUACUAGUAAAUCAAAACAAGUGGGUGAUAACAAUAGCUCACCAUGUGAGCAAAAAAUGAGAAGACAUUAUUGCUUUAUCUUAAGAGCUCUAUGGACAUAGUACUGAUAAUUGUU